CUCUGAACUGUCUCCAGAUACCUGCACUUUCUCCCCUCUGCUAGAACCGUCCCUCUGCAGCCAUGGUCUGGAGGACACUGGUCGCAAGCAACUUUUCCAUGUGCCCCAAUGGCUCCAUCCAGUGGAUCUGGGAUGUGUUUGGUGAAUGUGCUCAGGAUGGCUGGGAUGAGGCCAGCGUGGGCCUGGGCUUGGUCUCCAUUCUCUGCUUUGCAGCAUCUACCUUCCCCCAAUACAUCAAGGCCUGCAAGACGGGGAACAUGGACCAGGCCCUAUCGCUGUGGUUCCUUCUAGGCUGGAUCGGCGGAGAUUCCUGCAACCUUAUUGGUUCCUUCCUUGCAGACCAGCUACCCCUGCAGACCUACACGGCUGUGUACUACGUCUUGGCCGACCUCAUGAUGCUGACCCUGUACUUCCAUUAUAAGUUCAAGAACCGGUCUUCUCCAUUGUCUGCCCCUAUCAACUCUGUGCUCUUGUUCAUCUUGGGAACGGUGUGUGUCGCACCACUGUUACGCAUCGCUGAUCCUGCGGCUGUGUCCAGGGAAGGCUUCCGGGGACGGACACUCUUGUCUGUGGAGCCGGGCAAUAAGCCCUUUACAAAGAAGGAGGUCAUCGGCUUUGUCAUCGGCUCCAUCUCCAGCGUGCUGUACCUGCUCUCAAGGCUGCCUCAGAUCCGCACCAAUUUCCUGCGGCAGUCAACCCAAGGCAUUUCCUACUCACUGUUUGCGUUGGUGAUGCUGGGGAACACAUUGUACGGGCUGAGCGUGCUGCUCAAGAACCCUGAGGUGGGCCAGAGUGAGGGCAGCUACCUGCUGCACCACCUGCCCUGGCUCGUGGGCAGCCUGGGUGUGCUGCUGCUUGACACCAUUAUCUCCAUCCAGUUCCUGGUGUACAGGAGCCACACCACUGCUGCUGCCUCAGAGAGAGAGCCCCUCCUGCCAAGCUGACCUGUGCCCUGGAUGAUGGGAACCUCAGCUGCCAUCCCAGGAAGGCAAGGUGUGGGCAGUGACACUGUCGCCACCGCUGGACUGGGCCUCGGAGGCGGCCUGAGGGAGGCCUGGAACUCUGGGCCUGGUUGCCUCCCCUCCAUGCCCAGCCUUUAGAUGGGUCUGGAGUUGGAGCAUGCCAUGCCAGGACAUACCUCUCAGGUCUAAGACAGCCGUUCGAGGAACCUACAGGGGACCCAAAGCUGAGACCCCAGAAGAUGGGGUGGCCGCCUCCCAUCCAUCUACCUCAAUUUGCCUGUGUACCCCAGGCUACAUCAUAGCCAGGGGACUCAGGGUUGUCCCUCUGACUGGACACAACCUAGUAAAUGAUACCUUCCAGCUGG